GGAAACGUCACUGAUCGUACGAUUAUAAACUGUAACGCUUUUAUUUUUUCGUUUAAAUACAUUCAACUACCUUAUUCAUUUAUUUUCGUGAAACAUGUGCUAAAAUUAUAAAUAAUAUUCAGUAGGAAGCUACGAAUACAAAUAUGUCUUCAUGACCUUUAUUCUAAAGGCAUUAUAGGUAGAGCAAAAUGUCGAAGGCAGUAUUAAUACCGGGAUGUAAGGAUAUUGGACGUAUGAAGGAAGAAAUAUCGCUGUCACCACCAGACAAAAAGGAUGGAGCAAUUAGUUUGCUCAGUCGACUGUUGCGCCUAGAUAAUUUGAGUAAACGAAAUACUCCAGAAAGCCCUACUUCUAAUGAGUCUCACACAACAUAUUAUGGGGUCUAUAUUCCUUGUGAAAUUAAAAAAGGUCCAGAUGAAGAAGCUUUACAUGUAUAUGAAAGUAAAUCUGAGGCAAUGGAGCUGGUUAGAAGAUAUAAAUCUGCAAGGUUCAAGAUGUUCAGAAGUCACCAGGAUGCAGUGUCAUUUGCAUUAAGAGGUGCUGAACCAACUGAGACACACGAAGGGAACAAUUCACUUAUGGGAGAGAAGCCGUACCCAUUUAAGGCACCAUCUCCUCAAGACAUGGUGGCCUUACGCAAAGCGAUAGAGGCGGGCCUGUCGACAACAGUACGCGAUCGUAUCUGGGAUAACCCGAGGUACCUUGUCAGCAGUGGAAAUACACCAGCUAUUGUGCAGGAAGGUUCUAGGUAUAAUGCGCUGCAUGUCGCUGCAAAAGCAAUGAACGCAGAGAUCUGCAACUUGUUACUGACCACAGUGGGUAAUCCUGCUUUUGUUCAGACUUUGUAUGGUAUGGAUGCUGAUGCUGAAUGUUGUAAGGAGUUCUCAACGAUCCUUGUGGACCGAUACUUGAACACUCCGGAUAAAGCGAUGAACGAGACACCUCUGCACUUUGCGGCCAAGUUUGGUGCCGAGGCGGUGGUCGAUGUGUUAACUUCAUUCCCGCAGUGCAAUUUGAAUGCUGUCAAUAAAUACGGCGAACAACCUAAAGAUAUAGUAUGCGCACGCGCAUCAUCAAUGCCGGCAGAGGUAGCGAGCAAUAUCCGCGGGAUGCUGCGGGAGCGGUACUAUGUGCCUGUACUUCAUGCGGAGGAUGGCAGCAGAGAGCCCACCAUCGGCCGACCAUUCUCACCUGGCUUGCAGCAUGAAAUCAACAAUGAUCCGCUAUGUCCCCGGUACGAGAUCCGCGCCUUCGCCGGUCCGAUGGCUUCACGUGAUGCAGAAUCCUUCAGACGUAGAUGGAAGACUCCACCACGAGCUGGCUUCAGGCUUGCCGAGAUGACCAAGGGUCUGGAGACUGUUGGCAGGAAUCUAGCGGAAGAAAUGAAAGUGAACUGGAAAGAGUACUGGCCUUUUCUUGAUACUUUUACUGAUCUGAGAACUAAAGAGGGACUCACUUUAUUAGAAAAUUAUUUAAAAAGCAAAUACGAAAUCGCCUGUUCUAUAGUUUAUAAUGAUAGUUGUGCUCAGUACCAACAUACGCCAGAUGAACUAUCUCUAUCAACGAUAAGCCUAAAUACCACUCAGAGUCCAGUUAAAGAACCCUUAAGUCCAAUAUCAGAUCUAUGCGCUGCGAUGAGAAGUUGUACGAUAACAGACCGGUCGCCAUAUUGGAAAAGAACAGAUCCAAUAAGACAAAGACUUUGUCGACAACCGACUUUAAAGGGGAUAAAUGGAGAUAUAAACCCACCAGUUAAUACUGUCAAUCAAUUACUAUGUAUAGAGAGGACUUGUCAAGUGUUCGCUAAAAGGAUAGCAGAUGCACUUGUCUUCUCUCUAACAGCGGAACCAGAAGUUGCAAGUGAUUCGUUAAAAUCUGAAGCUAAACAUCUACAACAUACAACAUAUACAUAUAUGAACGAUGAGAGAUUUAAAACUAUUAAUUUCUCUCUGUUACAUUCACGACUUGCACAGUUAGUUGUGUUUAAAUUAAAACAGAAAACUAAGGAAUUAGACGAUGUCAACUCUUUAGUUGAAUUUCUGGUGAAACUUCGUUGUCCUAAUGAUGAUAUAUUCAGUUCUGAUGAUGAGAGAAAAACAUUUUCCUUCAGAAGUCGUGUUAAAAUAUCACAUGUUAUAAAUGAACAUGUGAGAUGUUUGUCUAGUUUUAUAUGUGAGGAAUUGACGGAGACAGAUGAGACCAAAGGGCCUGCGGUCUCGGAGACCGAGUGCUCGGAGAUCUGGUCUCAGGCGAGCAAGUGCAGGUGCGACUGGAACAUAGAAGUGUUUGAAAGGAAUAGUAAGAAGAACGCCUCGUUCAGGAAGAACAGAUCCACAUUGUCUUCGAGUCCGAAGAGUGAAAGUUUUAUACGGAGGUUGAUGUUCGAUCAGGAUAUUGGUGGUGUUACAGGAGACGGGAAGGCUCAGCGAGGUGAAGCUGCCAGCUCAGCUCACAACUCUCCCGCCGGCGACACCUCGCACUACACUGUUGAUGUCACCAAGUGUCAAGUCGUUGAAGCCGAGAUAUCAGACGACGAUUCAGUGGCAUCAUGUCGGUCUGACAAUGAGGAGGUGUACCACACAGCCUCCGACCACUCCGAAGAUGAAGAGAACUCCAUGAUGGAGGACGCCAGCGAUAGAGCACUCGUAGAACCUUUUAUAUAUGGCGAAGAGCCAACAAAGAUGGACCGCUUAGUGUAUGAUGCACUUGCGGAGGUGGAGGUGUCAGAAGAAGAGUUCCCCAACGUACAUCGCUGGAGGCACACUGUCGCCCUCUACACGACGCAAGAGAGACAAAAAUGGGUGCAGUCAGGAGAGUGUUGUAAUGUGUCUUGUACUUCAUUGUCUCUGGCGGGAAGUCCUCGCCCCCCCUCCUCCCCCGCACCCUCAACACCAACCCCCUGCUCCCCCACCACCACCCCCGCCUGCAGCACACCCGGCAAGCAGCGUGGGGAUGACACCAGGUCAUUGUCACUGCAGGUUUCUAACUGGCUUCGUGUGACUGGACCUAACUCUCCGCGCUGCGCCUCCGCCGCUAGGAAUGUGGGACACAACGUCAGCUUCGGCUUCUGACUUACUGUCUACCCACUUUUGUAUCACUUAGCCUUGAAGGUACGCAAUGAAAAUAAUUACGAAAAUUCUCUUUUACUAACUUGUGUUCAUCUAAAGUUAACCCAUAAUCAGG